UUCUCCCCUCAUUUGUCAUAAACCAAACACACCUUAAUUAUUAUUCUUUCCUACAAAUCAUCAGCAAACCAUGUCUGCGAACCAGCCACAGCUCAACGGAGCCUACUACGGCCCCGCCAUCCCCCCUUCUAAAUCCUACCACCGUCCGGGACGCGGCGGUGGCGGCCUCCUCGGCUGCUGCUGCGGCUGCAUCUUCAGCCUCAUCUUCAAGCUCAUCCUCAGCAUCGUCAUCAUCAUCGGCAUCGCCAUCUUCAUCUUCUGGCUCAUCGUUCGCCCCAACGUCGUUAAGGUCCACGUCACCGACGCGUCCCUUACCCAGUUCAACUACAGCGGCAACACCUUAAAUUACAAUCUUACCCUCAACUUCUCCAUCCGAAACCCAAACAAGAAGCUCGGCAUCUACUACGACUAUAUCGAAGCCAGAGCGCUGUUUCAGGAUUCUAGGUUUGACUCCGACCUCUUGCCUACCUUCUACCAGGGGCACAAGAACACUACCGUGCUGGGCCACGUGUUCGAGGGCCAGCAGGUGGUGCCUCUUAGCACCGACCAGGUUUCCGAGCUAAACAAGGAGAACAGCAAAGGAGUUUAUGAUAUCCGAGUGAAAUUGUAUUUGAAGGUGAGAUUUAAGCUUGGUGCAAUCAAGACCAAGAAGGUCAAGCCAAAGGUUACCUGCGACUUGCAGGUACCUUUGACUUCUUCCAAAGGUGUUUCCUCUUCUGAUAUCUUUCAGACCACCAAGUGCGAUUGGAGUCGCUGAUUGAUUUAUUAAUUAGUUUUAUGCUUUUGUUUAGAAAAAUGCUAUAUCAGUAAGUAUAUACUGUAGACAAUUAAAUUAAUAACUGCAGUUAAACGCAAACGAUCUCUUCGUUUAAAUCCAGUUAUUGAUGUAGUUGUCCAGUCUAUAGUUGUUAAUAUAGCAUUUUUCUUUUCUGCAUGUAUAUGCGUUUGGCAGUGUUGCCUUGUGUUUUUCGCCUUCUUGUUUCUUAGACGGGAUAUUUGUUCAUUGUUUAUUUGGACAUAGCUAUACAUUAUAGUCAUACACCUUGACUUAUUCAAGGAUUUUAUUACACUAUGUACGUUUAUUUUAUUUUAUUUUUCAUAUCCUUCGGUUCCAUUCAGUGGAGAGGAUUUUUGGCAUUAUUAUACA